AUGGCACGGCUCGCACUGGCUGCUUCGCGGCAGCUCCUGCGCCGCUGCCAACCUCGGCCCUUCAGCUCCGUCUCCAUCCCCAUAGCUCGCGGCUAUGCGACGGCGUCUACAACUCCCGGGCAACAACCACAACAACCGCAGCAACAACCGCAGCAACAACCGCAGCGACCGGCCUUUGACAACCGCAUCAAGCUGGUCGAGGUCGGCCCGCGCGAUGGCUUGCAGAAUGAGAAGACCUCCAUCCCGAUGGAGACCAAGAUCGAGCUGAUCAACCGCCUGGCUCAGACGGGGUUGCGCACCAUUGAGGCUGGCGCGUUUGUCUCGCCGAAGUGGGUGCCACAGGCAUGUAUGGACAAGUCCUCCGACAUCCUUCAACACCUCCUCAUUAACCCUCCCUCUUCCCCAAAACCCCUGACCUUCUCCUUCCUCGUCCCCAACCAAAAGGGCCUGGACAACGCCUUCUCCAUCCUCGCUAAAAACCCUUCUGCCUUCGCCACAUCCCCAGACGAUGCGACCGCCUCCAAGCCCGCCGUGGAGCUUGCCGUCUUCGCCGCCGCAACCGAAUCCUUCAGCCGCAAGAACCUCAACUGUUCCAUCGCCGAGUCGCUCGCCACCUUCCGUCAGGUGAUCCAGGCCGCGAAAGAGAGCAACCCGCACGGCCUGUCGCUGCGUGUGCGUGCUUACAUCUCGGUUGUGCUGGGCUGCCCGUUCGAAGGGCACGAUGUGGACCCGCAUCGGGUGGCGCAGAUCGCGACCGAGUUGUUGGAGAUGGGCGCGGAUGAGAUCGCGCUGGGGGAUACCACGGGGAUGGGCACGGCGCCGAGGACGAAGGAUUUGUUGGUUUGCUUGCGGGCCGCGGGCGUCAGGAAUGAGGACAUUGCGUUCCAUUUCCAUGAUACGUAUGGUCAGGCGCUGGUGAAUAUCGCUGUCGCGCUGGAGCACGGCAUCAGGACGUUUGAUUGUAGUGUUGGCGGUCUUGGCGGGUGCCCGUACUCGCCGGGCGCGACGGGGAAUGUGGCUACGGAGGAUGUGGUCUACUUUAUGGAGACGCUGGGCAUGGAUACGGGCGUGGAUCUGGAUAAGGUUGCGGAUAUUGGCGAGUGGAUUACGAAGGAGAUUGGGAGAGAGCAUGCCAGCUCUGUGGGCAAGGCGGUGCUCGGAGCUAGAAGAAGGGCACAGGCUGAGGCGAAGGUGUGA